UUAUUCUCCGACCGGAAGAAACACAGUGACAAUCCACUCAAAACCCAACAACCCCAUCUCCAUUUGAGACAGUAGUCGGCGUGCUGAGCCAGGAGCUAACUACGAGCUAGCGGUCUCUCUCUCUCUCCCUCUCCCUCUCUCUCCCUCUCUCUCUCUCUCUCUCUCUCUGAGGCUGGGGACACCGAGGCGAAGGGGAGAGCUCAUUCCACAACACGACAGUCCUCCAUGGCUCUGUGCAACGGAGACAGCAAGCUGGAGAUCAGCAACGCGGAGCAGAAUGGGUCAUGUGAGGGGGCAGUGGUGAUCCUGGAUGCAGGAGCCCAGUAUGGCAAGGUGAUUGACAGACGAGUACGGGAGCUUUUUGUGCGCUCUGAGAUCCUCCCCUUAGAGACUCCUGCGUUUGCUAUCAGAGAACAGGGCUUCAGGGCAAUCAUAAUUUCAGGAGGUCCUGCCUCUGUGUAUGCAGAAGAUGCCCCCUGGUUCGACCCUGCCAUAUUCACUAUAGGAAAGCCUGUCCUGGGAAUCUGUUAUGGCAUGCAGAUGAUGAAUAAAGUUUUCGGCGGCACAGUGCACAGAAAGAGUGUGAGGGAAGAUGGAGUGUUCAAUAUUGGACUGGAUAACACCUGCUCCCUUUUCAGAGGCCUUCAGAAGGAGGAGCUGGUCUUGUUGACCCAUGGUGACAGCGUGGACAAGGUGGCUGAUGGCUUCAAAGUGGUGGCCCAGUCUGGAAACAUCAUAGCUGGGAUUGCCAAUGAGCAGAAGAAGCUGUAUGGGACACAGUUCCACCCAGAGGUGGACCUGACAGAGCGAGGCAUGGACAUGCUGCGGAACUUCCUGUUUGAGAUUGCAGGGUGCACCAGCAACUUCACCGUACAGAACCGCCAGCAAACCUGCAUCAAUGAAAUCAGAGAGAGAGUAGACAAGUCAAAAGUGCUGGUGCUGCUGAGUGGUGGGGUGGAUUCGACGGUGUGCACAGCCCUUCUCAACAAAGCUCUGAACCAGGACCAGGUGAUUGCAGUUCACAUCGACAAUGGUUUCAUGAGGAAGAGAGAGAGUCAGAGUGUGGAGGAGGCGCUCACCAAGCUGGGCAUCAAACUCAAAGUGGUGAAUGCAGCCCACACUUUCUAUAACGGAACGACGACCCUGCCCAUCUCCGAGGAGGACAGGACGCCACGGAAGCGCAUCAGCAAGACCUUGAAUAUGACCACCAACCCUGAGGAGAAGAGGAAGAUCAUUGGAGAUACGUUCGUCAAGGUGGCGAAUGAGGUGAUCGGAGAGAUGAACCUGAAGCCAGAUGAGGUUCUCCUGGCCCAGGGCACCCUGAGGCCCGAUCUUAUCGAGAGUGCGUCACACAUUGCCAGCGGCAAGGCAGAGGUCAUCAAAACACACCACAAUGACACCGAGCUCAUCCGCAAACUCCGAGAUGAGGGAAAAGUAAUUGAACCGCUGAAGGAUUUCCACAAAGAUGAGGUCAGAGCACUGGGAAGAGAGUUGGGCUUGCCAGAGGAGAUUGUCUCUCGACACCCUUUCCCCGGUCCUGGUUUGGCUAUCAGAGUGAUCUGUGCAGAUGAGCCCUACAUAUGCAAGGACUUUGCUGAGACAAACAACAUCCUGAAAAUUAUCACAGACUUCUCUGCUAGCGUCAAAAAGCCCCAUGCCUUGCUGCAGAGAGUCAAGUCGUGUAUAUCAGAUGAGGAGGAGGAGAAGCUCAUGCAGAUCACCAGCCUUCAUUCACUAAAUGCCUUCUUGCUGCCCAUCAAAACUGUUGGUGUCCAGGGUGACUGCCGGUCCUACAGUUAUGUGUGUGGCGUCACCAGUAAAGAAGCUCCACACUGGGAGUCUCUCAUGUUCCUAGCAAGACUCAUCCCUCGCAUGUGCCAUAGCAUCAACAGAGUUGUGUACGUGUUUGGCUCUCAUGUGAAGGAGCCUCCAACAGACAUUACACCCACCUUCCUGACCACAGGCGUUCUGAGCACGCUCAGACAGGCUGACUUUGUGGCCCACUCUAUCCUUAGAGAGUCUGGUUACUCUAGUAAGAUCAGCCAGAUGCCGGUGAUCCUGACCCCCCUGCACUUUGACCGCGACCCCCUGCAAAAGCAGCCAUCCUGCCGGCGCUCCGUGGUGGUCCGCACCUUCAUCACCAGCGAUUUCAUGACCGGGAUCCCCGCCACACCUGGCAGCCACAUCCCUGAGGAGGUGGUGCUGAAGAUGGUUAAUGAGAUCAAGAAGAUCCCAGGCAUCUCUAGAGUCAUGUAUGACCUGACCUCCAAACCACCUGGCACCACAGAGUGGGAGUAAAUCACAACAAGACAAUACACACACACCCACCCACACACACACAUACACACACAUACACACACAUACACACACAUACACACACACACACACACACACACACACACACACACACACACACACACACACACACACACACACACACACACACACACUCAGAUGCCAGAGAGGGCUGGUGAACUCCUCUCCUCCUCUUGCCCUUUGUCUCUCCCUCUCUCCCUCCCUUCCUUCUCUCCCUCUCUCUCUUGAACAUUCCCAUGGAAGGCAGGCAGUACUGUGACCAGCGCAUGUGCAAAGGCGCUACUACUCUGCUCCCACCCCCUCACCCCCUCCCCAAUCUUAAAAUUUUUGGCAGCGGGGUGUGAUUAUUGUUGAUUAUUGAUAAUAUAUUGACAAUUCAUCUUUUCGUUCCUUUUUUUGGGGGGGAUCCAUGCGCAACAAUGCAUUUCUUCUUUUUUGAUGGAAGAUCAAUUGCUGCUUCCUUUUUGUUAGGUCAACCAUUAAAGACAGGUGUUCAGAUGUAAGUUGAGGAGGUGACCUUUUGAUAGCGUGCCUCAGGUUGCUUUGUGAAUGAGGCAAAACAAGAAAACAGAAUACGAAUACUGUCACAGAAAAGGAAGGUAGGUUUAAAAGCCUUCAGGCAUUGCUUUUUGCCCUUUUUUUAUCACAACUUUUUUUUUGUUUUAUCAUUGUAGUUCAGUCUAAGACUAUCCUCAGUGUGUUCUGGAGCUGGGCAAUAGGGCCAAAAAUGUUAUCACAAUAAAAAAUUCAUCAUAAAUAUCGGUUCAUAUGAAUAAUUAUCUUAAUAUACAUCAAAUAAGUAUUUUGUCACAUUUAAAAGUUACUUUUUGCCUCUGAGUGAAAUUUGAAGAAACCAGAAUGCUAAUAAUUGUCAUUAUGCUAAUCUCCUUUAGCUUACCAAAACAGUGUGUGUGUAGUGUGUCUCCUCACUUGUGACCAGGCUUGCAACCAGAGCUUUCUCUAUUCUUGGCACAUAAUUGGUCAUUUGUGUGUUACUCAUAGAAUAUAAGUUUGUUUUAAAUGUGUUGGCAUCUUAUUGAACUUUUUUUUAUAUAUAUUUCUAGUGAGAAAAUAUAUAUUGUGAUAAUUAUUGUUGUUUCAUUGCCCAGCCCUAGACUGUGUUUAUUUCACUCUCUGCCUGUAUACUGUGCUAAGAGAAGGGUUUCCUGUCCAAAGUGAAACUGAACAGAGAACCCAUGUGACCAAUUAACUAUUUUUCUUAUUAGACCUUUGUUUUGCCAAAUGUAGAAUAAGCUGUGGUGAAAUACUGUAUCCCUCUGGGCUCUUCUGACGAUCCACUCCAGACUAGAUUUUGUUGACAAGAGGUGCUGACGUUUGCCGUGCUUGUUGUGCACGGCGGUCAACCCAAGAAUAGCUUGUUCAGUAUCACUGUUGUGCAACUGUGCAGGAGGCCAAAAUGGCAGGUGACCUUUAUAUAUGUGCCUGUUUUUGUUGUUUGUUUGUUUUUUCUCUUCUUUUUCUUUUGAUUUUUGGAUCUGAAAUGACCUGGACUCUCACGUGUCUCCAGAAAGGAUGAUGUAAUAGUGUUUUUUUCCCCCCUCAUGCUGCAAUAUGUAUGCUUGUUAAACAAAAAAAAAACAGGAAGGCAAGAGGACUAACUUAAUAACAAAAUUAUAACUGCAGUAGAGUUUAUAACCAUUGUUGUAUGAAUUGCUGUCGUCAUUUUUGAUCAUUAUUUGGCUGCUCAUUUGUUGUGUGGGGGCAAAUUUUUUGCACAUGAUUUUUUUUACCCAUAAAGCCUUGGUGCUUUCACAGCAUAAUAUAACACAAUAGUGCGUUGAGUGGAACCUUUACCUUUAAGCAUUUCUCUGUGUGUUGUCAAAGGUCAGGUUAGAGCACUGUAUGUUGCCAUCUCCAAAAUCAAUCCAGUAUGGGUCUCCAGAACGGCAUUACCGGCGAACUCCUGUUCUGUACUGUUACAAUAUUUAGUAAAUCCUAAACACUAGUCUCCAGUCUCAUCAUAUAGUCCUCAGUGAAUACAGCACUCAGGUUUAACUGAGUUUUAAAGAGUUUAUUGUUCCCCGUUAGAGACAUUCUCUUGGACUCAGUGGCUCCACCAGUCUCACCCCUCCACAAUUUGUCUUUGUGCCUCUCAUCCUCUGUUAGAUCCAUACUUUUUGUGGCAAAAAAAUAUCCCUAAUGCAAAAUUAACUGUUCCUUAACUUGUCUUAACUGCAGAUGGUUUAGUGUCUCUCCUUCUCUUUUGCCUUUUUAUACGUGUGUAUUUUAUGAUACAUAUGUCUCCACAGAAAACAACCGCUUGAUAUUAAUGGACAUAUAAUUUUGUAGUUGGAUUUUAUUGCAAUAUCGAUAAGAUUAAGUUAUGCAAUUCUACGUCAGAUGUUCUUUUUUCCGUUUUUGUUUUUGUUUUUAUUUUUGUUAAACAACGCUCAUUCUCCUUAGUAAUGUGCCUCAAACCAAGCCACCGCAUGCAGUUUCAACUAUGAUGACAUUUGUACAAUGAAGAACUGAGCUUUAAUAAAGAUCUCCAUGUUGAAAUUC